AGUUCCACAACAUUCCGUCUCAGCUCAAAUUCUUUCAGAAUCAUUUAAAUACUAUUUUAAUUUAAUGGCUGUUUUCAUUAAUUCUUAUUUUACUUUCUCCAUUUUCUUAGUUACUUACUUGUUUUUUUCUUUCUUCUUCCAUGCAGAUUCAGCUAGCAGUACUGUGCCAGCUUCAAAUUCUGUCAAGAACCGCCGCCAUAAAUGGAUUGGGCCGUCAGGCACCCGUCAUAUCUCCGUUAACGUUCACGGUUUUGGAGAUUAUCAGUCAGUUCAAGAGGCAGUUGACUCUAUUCCGCAAAACAACAGGAUGAAUGUCAUUAUUGACAUUUGCCCCGGUUAUUACAUUGAGAAAGUGGCGGUGCCAGACACAAAACCAUACAUAACGUUUCAAGGAGCAGGGAGGGACGUGACGGUGAUAGAAUGGCAUGAUAGAGCAAGUGACAAAGGUGCUGAUGGACAACAGCUUCGUACAUACCAAACUGCUUCUGUUACAGUUUAUGCUUCUUAUUUUUCAGCCAGAAAUAUUAGUUUCAAAAACACAGCACCAGCACCAUUGCCAGGGAUGCAAGGAUGGCAAGCAGUUGCAUUUCGGAUAUCCGGCGACAAGGCUUACUUCUCCGGCUGUGGAUUUUACGGCGCACAAGACACACUUUGUGAUGAUGCUGGCCGCCAUUACUUCAAAGAAUGUUACAUUGAGGGUUCUAUUGACUUCAUUUUUGGCAAUGGUCGCUCUAUGUAUAAGGACUGUGAGCUACAUUCAAUAGCCACAAGAUUUGGGUCCAUUGCAGCCCAAGAUAGAAGAUCCCCAGAUGACAAGACUGGAUUUGCAUUCAUAGGCUGCAGGGUCACAGGGAGUGGCCCACUGUAUGUGGGCCGUGCAAUGGGCCAGUACUCCAGAAUUGUCUAUUCUUACACCUAUUUUGAUGAUAUUGUGGCCCAUGGUGGAUGGGAUGACUGGGACCACCUUAGCAACAAGAACAAGACUGCAUUUUUUGGAAUGUACAAAUGCUCAGGCCCAGGAGCAGCAGCUGUGAAGGGUGUAUCAUGGGCCCGUGAGCUGGAUUACGAUACGGCCCACAAGUUUCUAGCCAAGAGCUUUGUCAAUGGACGCCACUGGAUUGCCCCAUCAGACGCUUAAAUCUUUUUUUUUUUUUUUUGCACAGAAGACAAUUAAUUCUUUCAAAUCUUUUUAUCUUUUUCUGUUGUCAAUUAAUCAAUUCUUUAAUUCCAUUCUUUUUGUUCAUAUAGUAAGAAAAUGAUUGCCAUGAAAGUUAUAGAAGAAAUGAUGGUAAUCUAUCUAUAUUUUUUAUUCUUGGAGAUUCAAGCAGUUCCCGUUAACUUAUUUUCUCACAUGAUGAAUCUUAUGUCUCCAACUAUUUGGAAAUCCCAUAUUUGUAUCAACGCAAGAUAUGUUUAUUGGAUUUUAUGUAUUAA